AUGUUGGUCCUCAGCCUGCUUGUCUGGGGAUCCUACCUGCAGCUUUUCUUCUGCUUUGCUUUAUCUCAGACUGCGUACGUUGACAAUGUCUUCUCAGUUUCAGCAGAUCUCCCUUGUUUGGAACAGAAGAAACAGGUCAGCCACAGAGCAUGCCGCCUCCUUGGUCCUCCUCCACCGCCGAUGUUUCCACCACCGCUCUUCAGGCACAGCUGGAGCACUGGUCCACAAGGAAUUCCUGGUAUAAUGGGACCAAAAGGGGAGAAAGGGGAGAUUGGCAGACCAGGAAGAAAGGGUAGACCAGGUACCCCGGGUGUCCCUGGGAUGCCAGGACCAGUAGGAUGGCCUGGACCUGUGGGACCGAAGGGUGAAAAGGGAGAGUUGGGUGUGAUGGGAUUGCCAGGUACAAGAGGACCAAUGGGCUCCAAGGGUUUUCCUGGAACUAGAGGAGAAAAGGGAUCUAGAGGUGACAGGGGUGAAAAAGGAGUCAAAGGAGAUCAGGGAGAAACAGGCCUCCCUGGAAUGCUGGGCCAAAAAGGAGAGAUGGGCCCAAAGGGACAAUCUGGAGUUCCAGGACACAGAGGACCCAUAGGAAGACCUGGAAAACGAGGCAAACAAGGACUAAAGGGAGACAUUGGACCUGUGGGUAUCAUGGGUCCACCAGGAAGGCCGGGUCCUUCUGGCCAGCCAGGCCCCCCUGGACCUUCAGGAUCAGGGCAAUUCUCAAUAGGACCAAAAGGGGAAAGAGGACUUCCAGGGCCUCCAGGGAGAUGUCUCUGCAGAUACCCACAGCAUGUGAAUAACCCGCCAUAUGAGCAAUCUGUAUUUGGACACAGUUACCCGAAAGUCCCCGCGAUUUUUGUGGUGAAUAAUCAAGAAGAACUGGACCGUUUAAACACUGAAAAUGCCUUAGCUUUUAGAAGAGAUCAGAGAUCUUUGUAUUUCAAGGACACCUUUGGAUGGCUCCCAGUCCAGCUCACCCCUUUCUAUCCCGUGGAUUACCGCUUCGAGGACGGCGGUUCCUGUGGAGACGGGGUCGUACAGGAUGGGGAGGAGUGCGACGAUGGCAAUGCCCUUGUGACUGAUGAUUGUAUAAGAUGCCGCCGUGCGUACUGUGGAGAUGGCUACAGACACGAGGGGGUUGAAGACUGCGAUGGGAAGGAUUUUGGAUAUUUGACAUGUAGAACAUAUCUUCCUGGGUCUUACGGAAAAUUGCGAUGCACUUCUUACUGCAACAUUGACUCCACACAGUGUCGGUACUUCACAUGAGGGGAGAGGAG